AUGCAGUUCUUCUUUUUCGUCGUCAUCAGUGUGUGCUUGUUCAGUGUCCAGGCUGAUGCCGGGGCCCAGACGCCUUUCCCAGGCGGGAAUCUAGAUGAUCAAAAAACCAAGGACACUCAGCAGUUACCCCCUCAAGUUCCUUUGGAGUGCAAAAAUACCUUCGUGCCCGUGUCCGAACGCGACUUGUACGAAAUAACGAAACAGGAUGCCGGGAAUGGCAUGAACGCUACGUCCAGUGCUGCCGGGCAAAAAGUCGAUCCGUCUAAACUUUCUGAUAAUCAAACGAUGGCUCUCUGUGAAACAGCGACAGAAUCUGGGGCAGGAUUGUGUGACCUUAACACAUGCAAAAUUCCACAACCCACAGUUUGUACUCAGUGCUGUGAGAUGGACAAGGAUAGUAACGACUUCACCGCAAUGAAAGGCGCAGCUACAUUGGACAAAGUGACUUGCGAUUCUGGUUAUUCUUUGAAGACUCCGACGAACAAGCAGAAUGGGAACAGUAAGUUGAGACCAAUUCUGUCGAAUCGGCUGAUCGCUAACAAUCAAAUGUCCCUUUAA